AUGCCUCAAUUAAUCUCACCACUAGCCCUCCGGGCCCUACGGACACUCAUCCACCGUCCAACCACAUCAUCAACACCCCUCCGCACCCUCACAACCACCUCAACCAGCGUCUUCCGCCGCGCAGCACCAACCCCAAUCACCAACCGGUUCACCUUCACCCCAAUCCUCCGCACCCAAGCCGCCGCAGCCCUCACCCGCCAAUUCUCCAGCUCCCCCAUCAUCCGCGCAACCUACAACCAAGUCCGCCGCGGCUGCCGCAGCGGUCAGCGCGCGCGCCGAGGCCGCUCCCCAGCAUUGAAGAACCACCCCUCGCUGAAGGGCGUCUGCGUCAAGACGGGUAUCACCAAGCCCAAGAAGCCCAAUUCGGGUGAGCGCAAGGUGGCCAGAGUCCGGUUGAGUUCGGGCAAGGUUGUUAGCGCCAUUAUCCCCGGCGAGGGUCAUAAUAUCCAGCAGCACAGUGUUGUGCAGGUUCGCGGUGGUAGGGCGCAGGAUUGUCCUGGUGUGAAGUACCAUUUGGUUCGUGGUGCUAUGGAUUUGGGUGGUGUUGGAAGCCGUGUGUCCAGUCGCUCCAAGUAUGGCACGAAGAAGCCUAAGAGCAACUAA